GAUUGAUCAACAAACAUUGAGAUAUCACAGGGGUACCAACUCGAAUCGAGUAGUCGCCAGCUUCUCCAAAACCGAACAGAAUGAGCUUGUGACCCCAAUCUCGCAGCUCACAAUCCCCUCCUGUAUUGUCUUGCACACCUGACCUCCCUCGGCGCAUACUCGACGACCAUGUUCUCCCCCGUGGCGGUUCUUGGCUUUGCGGCCAUCUGCCUGGCCGUAGGAGAGAAGGCGCCUGCAAAGGAUGCCCAGCGACCACUCAAAAGCCCUCAGGAAAGGGCAAAGAUACUUGCAGCAUGCCCGGCAUACGAGCAUUAUGCGAGGUUCUCGCAUCCACCUUUCUCCGAAGGCCCCAUGUCACUCCCCUUCCAGCGCCCAGCAACUCUCUGCCGCACCUUUGAAUCAGACCUGGUAGAACAGAUCAUCGACGACAUGAACGAGAAGAUGACGGACAAGGACUUGGCUAGGAUCUUCGAGAAUGCCUUCCCAAACACACUAGACACGACAGUACGAUGGCACGUCGACGGUACCGAAAAGUCGACCUACAAGAGCAGCCAUGGCGCAUGGCAGGGUCCACAGAGUUUCAUCGUGACUGGCGACAUCAACGCAGAAUGGCUCAGAGACUCGACCAACCAACUAGCCCAAUACCAAAAGCUGGCCAAGAAGGACAAGGCUAUCCAGAUGCUGAUACUGGGUGCUAUCAACACCCAAGCCGAGUACGUUAUCGAGUCGCCAUACUGCAACGCCUUUCAACCACCGCCGCCCAGCCGCCUCGCUGCAUCAAACAAUGGUCAGGAGGAUGUCGUCCAUCCAGCAUAUGAGCCGUCAAACGUCUUCGAGUGCAAGUACGAGUUGGACUCUGUUGCCCACUUCCUCUCUUUGUCCAACCAAUUCUACAAUCACACCGGAUCUACCGCUUUCUUGACCCCAAGAUGGUAUGCAGCUUUGGACACUUUGCUUGCGCUGCUGGAUGAGCAGGCCAAAUCCACCUUCGAUCCCAAGACUGGUGCUUUUCAGCACAACGAGUACACUUUCCGACGCCGUACAGACGCAGGCACCGAGACCCUCAGCUUGUCUGGCAACGGUAACCCGUUAAAUCAUGGUACUGGACUUGUGAGAAGUGCUUUCCGUCCUAGCGACGAUGCCACUAUCCUCGGCUUUUUCAUUCCAGCCAAUGCUAUGAUGGCUGUUGAGCUGAAGCGGGCUUCGGCCGUCCUGGCCAAGGCUGGCAAACUCAAGCUCGCCGAGAAUCUGAAGGCGCGCGGAGCUGCCAUCGAGGAAGGCGUGUGGGAGCAUGGUGUCGUUUCGCACAAGAAAUAUGGCUCUGUGUUUGCUUUUGAGGUUGAUGGCUAUGGUUCUUCUAUCAUAAUGGACGAUGCUAACCUGCCAUCGCUGCUCGCCCUGCCACUGCUUGGUUUUGUCUCAAGAGACGACAAGACCUAUCAAAACACCCGUCGUAUGAUACUCGAGAAGAAUGGCAAUCCAUACUAUCUUUCUGGCAAAGCCUUCAAAGGCAUUGGUGGACCUCACAUAGGUCUGCAGAACGCUUGGCCUAUGAGUUUGCUGGUGCAGGCAAUGACCUCGGAUGAUGAUGAAGAGAUUGAGGAUGCUCUUUCUGCCGUCAAACGCGUCAGUCAUCUGGGUCUAAUACACGAGAGCAUACAUGUCGACCGUGGAAGGGAUUAUACUCGCAGUUGGUUUGCUUGGGCCAACUCGGUCUUUGCUCAAACGAUCCUCGACGUGGCAGAGAGGAAACCACACCUUUUGUUUGGGUCGGGAGUGAAACCCUAUAUCAUCGACUAGAUAAGCAUUAUGAUUCAUACAAUGAAACGUCUUUCAAUAAUAAUUUGGUACUG